CGGAGACAGUGGCGCCCGCAUCCCCUGGGGAAGGGGGUGGGCGUGCGUGGUGACGUCAGGAGACGGGGUCUCGGGCGGCGCGAAGUGGAGGCGCGAGAAUGGAGGCGCAGCCUGGCGGCAGUGGUGCAGCAGACCGCGGGGCCGAGGACUCUGCGCCUGGCCCCAGCAAGGCCUCUGGCGGCUCCGGCCACUACGAGCUGCCGUGGGUUGAAAAAUACAGGCCAAUAAAGCUGAAUGAAAUUGUUGGGAAUGAAGACACUGUGAGCCGGCUAGAGGUCUUUGCGAGAGAAGGGAAUCUGCCCAAUAUCAUCAUUGCGGGUCCCCCGGGAACUGGCAAAACUACCAGCAUCCUGUGUCUGGCCCGCGCUCUGCUGGGCCCUGCGCUGAAGGACGCUGUCCUGGAACUCAACGCCUCCAAUGACAGGGGCAUCGACGUUGUGAGGAAUAAAAUCAAGAUGUUUGCUCAACAGAAGGUCACCCUUCCCAAAGGCCGGCACAAGAUCAUCAUCCUGGACGAGGCAGACAGCAUGACGGAUGGAGCCCAGCAGGCCUUGAGGAGGACCAUGGAGAUCUACUCCAAGACCACGCGCUUCGCUCUGGCCUGUAACGCCUCCGACAAGAUCAUCGAGCCCAUCCAGUCGCGCUGUGCGGUGCUCCGCUACACCAAGCUCACGGAUGCCCAGGUGCUGGCCAGGCUCAUGAGUGUCCUGGAGAAGGAGGAGGUGCGGUACACGGACGACGGCCUGGAGGCCAUCAUCUUCACUGCCCAGGGGGACAUGCGGCAGGCUCUGAACAACCUGCAGUCCACCUUCUCGGGGUUUGGCUUCAUCAAUAGUGAGAACGUGUUUAAGGUCUGCGACGAGCCGCAUCCGCUGCUGGUGAAGGAGAUGAUCCAGCACUGCGUGCACGGCGACAUCGACGAGGCCUACAAGGAUUCCCUUUCUAGGCCCAGCACACGCAGUGGAGCGUGCCUCGGCUUGGGCAGCUUGGUGGGAAGGUGGAGCACCAAUCGGGGGCUGAGGUGCGCGCCCUGGCUGGGCCUGAGGAGCCUCCGGAUCUGUGGACGCAGAGCAGCCCACCUCGGGUUUGCCCCAAGACAUAAAGGCAGCGGCUGUCUCCAGGCCCUGGUUUGCGUGCAGGAGGCAGGAGGCUGGGACUCCCAGGUUGCUGCCCGGCAGGCUUGGUUCUGCCCUAGGUUCACCCAUCAGCAGGAGCUGGUACAGUGUCGCAGGCUCCCGGCAGCCAUGACGUGGCCAGAUCCUGGCCCACCUGUGGCAUCUGGGCUAUUCGCCAGAGGAUGUCAUCGGCAACAUCUUUCGAGUGUGUAAAACUUUCCAAAUGGCCGAGUACUUGAAGCUGGAGUUUAUCAAGGAAAUUGGAUACACGCACAUGAAAGUCACCGAAGGCGUGAACUCCCUCCUGCAGAUGGCGGGGCUCCUGGCCAGGCUGUGUCAGAAGACAAUAGCCCCUGUGGCCAGUUAGUGCAUCCAGGCUGCAGUUUGAAGAGGCCUUGCCCUUGCAACGCUGGGGUCUCCACCUUCCGACGGGGAGAUGCCCCACGAUGGCGCUGGGCCUCCGACUGAGCUCACCUGCUCCCAUGUUCCCUGACCACUUCUGCAGGAGCGCCAGGCCCCGGAUGUGUGGGCAGCGGGAGGGCCCUGACCCCUGUCCCGCUGGCCGGUGCUAAUAAAGCCUUCCUGUA